CUCACUCCUCCUCCAGGGAAGAAGAGCAGAGAUCCCAUUCCUUGCCCCCUUUGUGCGUAGAGCCAGCUUGGCAUCAAAGCAAGCAGGCAAGCGGUGGCAUUUAUUGAAAACAGUGGGACGAGAGGUGUCAUGUUGGAAGCGGCGUUGACAAGCGCGUGGGCUUCCCACUUUUCAGAGCACUUUUCAUCAUGAGAGGGUUUGGAGGUGACCUUGGGAAUGGAUGAUUAGUGAAUAUUAUGGGAAAAUGAGGUGUUUACAGAAGGGGGGGGGGAGCCUGAGCCCAGCUGGGAAGAAAAGGCGCGAAGAGGGAGUUGGGGGCGAGACGCCAGCCCGGACUGAGUUACUCGUUGGCUCUGAAUGAGCAACAUGGGAGCUGGAGGCGCUUGAUCCGGAGACCGAGCGCAGCGUCAUCUGGCCGGAUCCAGGGGCCGGAAAGGCGCGAAAGGAGAGCCGGGGCUUUGGAGGUUGCGCCACUCCUUACCCGUACACAACAUGGGAGCCAGGCGUUGAGGGGGACUGGGCCCUCCUGGCAGGUUUGAGGCAAGGAAGGAAGGAAGGAAGGCGCAGGCAUGGAGGAGAAGGCGGAGAAGAGGCCCGGGCGUCGUAGCCGGCGCCGCUCCUGGGAACGCUCCCCGAGCCCCGGCCGCCUGGACGUGGCCUCUCCGCGCUUCGACCCGCUCCUGGCGCUCUACUCGCCGCGGACGCCGCUGCCCUGCCCGGCCGCGCCCUGCUUCAACAACCUGGCCGAGUACGAGAGCUUCCAGCGCGGCCGGAGUAGCCGGGGCCCGCAGGCCGGAGGAGCCGGGCGCAGUAGUAGCGGCAGUAGCCGCCGCCGGAAGGGCCGAGCCGGGCGGGCGGCCUCCGCCCCUCCGGACCCCGCGCGGAUCGAGCGGCUCCGGAGCCUCAUGGUGGUCGAGAAGGCCGCGCCCGAAGCGACCGGGAGGAGCCGGGCCCGGGGCAAGAAGGCGCCGCGGAACGUCCUCACCCGGAUGCCCCUUCAUGAAGGAAGCCCACUUGGAGAACUCCACCGCUGUGUCCGUGAUGGUGUAAAAGUCAACGUCCACAUUCGAACUUUCAAAGGGCUUCGUGGAGUCUGCACUGGCUUCUUGGUUGCAUUUGACAAGUUCUGGAACAUGGCCCUGACAGAUGUAGAUGAGACUUACCGAAAACCUGUACUGGGUAAAGCUUUCUAUGUUGAGCCACAAUUAACCCUCACCAGGCUAUUUGACAGGCUCAAUCUGCAAGAGUCCUUAUUAAAAAAGGAAACUGAUUCAAAGAUGACUGCAGACCUACCAACCCUUCCAUGUAGUUCUAGGACACUUGAGCGGAAACCUGAAUCAAACUGGGCAAGAUCAGAAGAGCAUGGAACAAAGAGGCACUCCAGUAGGGAGAGGACACGGAGCUCUAGUUUGCCCCGAACCACAGGAAAGGAGGCUGACCGAGCUGCCAGGAUGCCCCAAACAGAGGGAAAGGGCGCAAGUGGCCCAAGGGCUCGCUCACGGAAAAAGCAUAGGCCCAGAAUAGAUUAUCAGCAAGUGUUCAGGCGGCACAUCAACCAAAUUUUUAUUCGUGGGGAGAAUGUUUUGCUUGUUCAUCUUGCACAUUGAUUUCAUUGACCUUACUCGUGCAGUAACAUGAACAGUGAUGACAGCUAAGGUGCUACCUUGUGAAAUAAUAUGUCACUAUAAUUGUUUUCCCUUCUUUUGACCAGAAGGGAGUAGUAGUGAAGAGAUUUCGGAGGUCAAGAACAUGUUGAACUAGCGACUACUUUGUUUGGACUAGACAUUGACAGAGAACAUCACCACCUUCAAGGAAGCAGAUGUCCUAAGACUUGAACAAUGCAGUGGUAUCUACACCUUUCAAAACUUGAAUAUGACACAUGUGUCUCUAGACCACAUAUUUUCAAGUAUAUGAGAGAUACUGUGACUACAAAAAUAGAAUUUGUCAGUGACUUUGGUGCUUUAAUCUUGAAUGGGACAGCAUGUAUUAAAUAAAAUACAUGGUAAGAGAAUGAAGAGCUUGUGAAAGAAAGAAUGGCUUUAGGUAUGAACUUGUUUCAGUCUCCAUCCCUCCCAUUAGCAUGCAUGACUAGGCGGAAAACGGUAUUCCGAAACUGAACUGUUGUGCAUUUUCAUGUCCAAAGUGAUCACUUGACUAAAAUGUGAUUUGAAAUAUAAGAAAGUAGUCUAUUCAGUAACAGGGGUUAGAAGCUUUCUCCAUUUUAUUUGUUGUCAAAGGCCUCCCACCCGGUCAAUAGUGAUAUGAAACGUGUAUUGUUAACCAAUAUCCUCUGGAUCUCCUCCCUCUCCCACCACCAGCAAGGUUGAAUGUAGCUAAAUACUUAGCUUUUCUAACUGGAGCAUGUCUUCGUCUAAUGUUGAAACAAUCCAGAAAUUGCAGUCCAUUCUCUCAUAGUCCCCUUAUUUCAAGUCCAUUUGUGUAGUAUAGUGGUUGAGAUUAAGAUGGUGUACAUACCUUGCUUUAAGAACUGACAGUGUGGCUGCUGGGCAUUGCUAUAAUGUUACCUAAGUAGCUUUGAGAUGAUGAUUUCCUAGUGUUUGAUGCCAGCUUUAGAUGAUUCAUUUGUGAUCUCUACAAGUAUUUCUAGGUCCCGAAUGACAUGUCUCUAGGCUGCUUGGAUUGUUUCUGAGAAGCAUGUUUUAGAGUUUAGACUCCCAAAGAGCAUGCAUAGCAAUUAUUUAAAAACAGUGCUAUUCCUCCAUUUAAUCUUUGGAACAUUGCAAGCUUUUCUGAUAAUUCAUAUGUAUGAACAUGUAUAAACUGUCUGCCAAAAGAAGUGUCGUGGUGCGAUCUGAUAGUGCCCUCUGUCUACAUGGAGCGUGUGUACUACUCCAGACGCUACACUUUGUCUUUAUAAUGUGUCUUGGAAUGCACUAAAUGUUCACUAACCCUGUAUUGUACUGAGGUUUUUUUAGUCUCUGUGGAAUGACAAAACUCACGAAAUUAACUAUCCAUUACAUUUAAUUCAUUCUGCUUUUCUAGAAUAAUCUGGCAGUCUUUUAAUAACAGAGGUUACAUCGCAUGUAAUUAAAUUACUUAAAAAAACAAAUUAUGAGCUAAGUGCAAUCUCUCCUUUUCUGCCAUUUCUCUAUCCCAUUGAUAAAAUGGAGAGUGACUUCUCUGGAGAUAAAAUAUCUUUUAACUCCUAAAUCCAACUAGUGUGGGCCCAUUUGGGAAUUUGUUCAACACUCAAAUAAUCCUCGUCAGUUCAUUGUGUCUUUACUGUAGUUAGAACCCAUUACUGGAAUUGAGUCUGCCCUGUUAGUGUUUAAUGCCAUUUUCUCCCAUUUGUUCUCUUGGAAUUACAUAAAUGUGAUGCAUUGUGGGGAGACACAGAGUUCUUGCUAUUGCCAUUGAUAUUUCUGACAACAGCCCAUAGCACUGAGAAAAAACAAAAGUAAGACUACUGCUGGCUUUUUGUACCCUUAGAAACAGCUGAAAGAGUUAAUCUCCGCAAGAUCACGCUUUGGUGGAAUUCUUCUCUUUUAGACCUGUCACAAAUUUCAUAGCCCUCCCAAAAGUCCAGUUUAUAAACCCUGUAGUGCUAUGAAUAUAGUUGGAAGUGAAAGACCAUUGCAGGUGUUUUUAACCCUUUCCUGUCAUUUCUUCUCUCUACCUCUGCCCCGUAGCCCAGAGAAAACCCUAGCAAGGAAAAUAGCAACAUAGAGAAGUCAUUGGAAAAUGAAUUAGAAAAUGGCACAGAAGGCAAAGGUUAAAUGGCUGCCACUUCAAGGUGUAAAUAAAAAAGCAGAAGGAUGGAACUAUAUGCAGUGUUUAGUUGUAUCCUAAAUGUUGGAUGGUUCAGGGAAUUACUGUUCCAAACCUAAUGCAGUUCAAAGUGGUAGGAACAGAAAGUACAAAAAAGUGUUAUGUGAAUAAGUGGAACCAAACCUGAAAGAGAACAAAGUAAACUGUUGUGUAAUCUAUCAGGUUUAGCAUAGCUUCCCAUUGAAUGAGGAUAUUACAUAGAAAAUCUGUCUCUUGGGCUGUAUGUUCUCUUGCCUGAGGUUAUUGUUUGCUAUGUUUUUUAAAAUUAGCUUGGGAAAAUUUGAGACCAUAUGCCUUAGAAUCCCUUAGACACUGGUCAUGCUAGUUGUGAGACUCUGGGACAUAUAAACCCAAAGUAACUUUUCCAAACUUUGAUAAAAAUAGCAGAACUUGCUCAGUGUUUUACUUUAUUGUUUAAGAUAUAUUAUUAGAAAUUAACAAUUAAUUUCUAGUCCCCUCAGUAGCCGAUUUUUGCUUUUUUCGCCAUUGGCCUUCUCUGGUCUCUUUACAAGGAAGGUCAUUGUAUGAUUGAUACCAAGAGAUGUUCACAACAGCAUCUUAGGGUUUUAUGUUUUCCUCUUUUCCCUCUUCUCUUCUUUUCAAAGUAGGUGUUUGAAACUGUAGUGCAGAGGGUUUACUCUUCAAAUCAGGGGGAUUUUUUUUCUUUGUUUGCUGCUUAGGUCACAGAUCUUUCUUCUGAAACAUUUCACUUUUUGUCAAAUUUUGGUCCAGAGAACAAAUGCAGUGCUUGGACCAUCAGUUCUGUUCUUCCUUUGUGUAUGGUUAUUCUUCAGUAGACAGUUUAUCAAAUGCUUUUUAUUAUAGAAAAAUUCAUUCAUCCUUAUUAUCCUUUUUUCCCCUAUCCUGUAGCUCAUUUAAUUGCCUUUAUCUCUUUGCUUCACUCAUGGCUCCUUAAAGAGAAUUCAAUUUUUACUGAGUUCACCAUUCUACUCUUCCUGUUUUCUACUUCCAGCCUUGCUCUCUAGGGGUUUGUCUGCAUUGGCCCAAAACCCUGUAUUCACCACAAUUUGAUUGUUGGCUGUCCCCAUAAUGCAUAGCAGCAGCUCCAGUGAUCAUUGUGCUUUUUCCACUUAAAACUGACAUUGCCCCAUUUUUGGCAAAGCUGGGGGAAACUCCAGGUUCUCUGAGGCUUUGGGGCAGUCUAGACAGCAUGAUUGGGCCUAUUAAUUCUUGCUGGCCAUACAGAUGCUUUGUUCUGACAUCAGCAGAGUCAACCUUUGGGCUUGGAUGCAGCUCCAUGGCUAGCUAAAAGUGGUGACUGCCCAGUGGGACGGCUGCGAUUCCAAAUCAUCUGGUCAACGGUUUUGAAUUCAGCAUGUAUAUGGCGGAUCCAGGGUUGUUUCAGGACAGAUUUAUAGCCAGUCAACCUGUCCGGUGUAGCUGAGCCUUUGUUUACUACCUCAUGCUUCAGUCUCUAUGUUGCUGUUGUUUUUUGUCUUCCAGAAUCUUAUCCCACAUUCCCUAUGCAACAUGGAAUGAACAAUCAUUAAGUUCCCCUUACAGAGGAAUCUCACAAACUCUGCUAGUAUCAUUAAUCUUCUAAUCAUCCUAUAGGUCUCUAACCUUGUUUCUGAGUCUAGCAAAUGUUGAAGAGACCUUUCUAUCCUGAAUUGUUAGAACUGUACGAAUAGUUUUGAUUUUGUGUGCCUAAUGUUUUAAAUUGAAGACUCUAGAUUGAAGGUGCUUGCUCAUUUCUUAAGGUGUUCUUUUUGAAGAUGAAAUGCAACUUGCAUAGGAUGUAUUUAGAAGUACGUACUUCUGUCUUCCUGUUAUUCCCUUAGUCUUCUCCGAUCCCCACAACUCCAGUCCCUACAGUUUAACUCAGGAAACGCAUUCACAAAAUCUAAUUACUCAUGCAAUUCCCCCUCUUUGUUUUGUUGCAUGUUUCCAGAGUUGCAGAAUAAAUUAUCAGAAUUCUGUAGUCCCAUUCUCCAAGCUUAGUAAUGUCUUAUAGUAGCAAAUAGUGGAAUAUAUAAACCCCUGUAGAAUGAAAAUUGAGCUACAAGAUGCUACAUUCAUGUAGCUGCCUAGAAAUAAGCACUUUUGUUCUCCACUAGCUUUAUUCUUUAGAAGUUAAGUCAGUGAAUCUUCAACUGAUAUGAUAAAAAUUGAAACCUUUCUAAUCAUGGAUAAUGAAAGAUGUUAGAGGAGAUUUUAAAAAUAAGGUAUAUAGGAUUCAGAAUGAAAAGAUUUUCCUUUCCAGUAUGUACUAUGGCCUUUUUUGUUAUUGUCUUCUCCCCUUGCUCUUUGUAGAGAAGAUUUUCUGAGGAGUCAGGUUGUCUCUCAGUGAAAAUUGGGGUGACUUUAUACAUUCCACCGCUUUUACCUGUGAGUCACUGAAAGAUGCUUCUGUGUGAUAGCAUAUCAUGUGUGUCAUGUAGUACAGAAAUAUGGCUGCCUGUAGAGCAUUGCCACAAAGGUGUAUUUUAAGACCUCUGUGCAAAAUCCCCAUCCUGCAAUUUAAACAGUGAACUCUGCCUUAGUUACUAUUUAUCAGGUGGCAUUUUGUCUAUCCAGAGAAGUUGUAUACACUGAAUUUCUUCCUUCUACCACUAAGUGAGGCCAAUAUAUUCCAUUUUGGGAAGAGUUUAUAAUUCUGGGUCCAUUCACACUGCAGAAUUAGAGCACCUUUAUAACAUUUUAAUUGCUAUGUUUUCACUCUGGCGUAUCCUGUGGUUUAUCAUUUAGUCAGAAGGACCAGAGGAGAAUUUCUGGCUGAGAAUCCUAAAGACCUCUCCCAAACUACCAGUCCUAGGAUUGCUUAGGAUGGAAACAAGUGGAAUGAAAACACUAUAAUUCCAUAGUGUGAAUGAGCCCCUUGGAAAUGCAGAUGUUUGAGACUCUUGAAAAGAUGUGGUCUACAGAGAUCAAAGGAAGCAGGUAAUGGUUUUAUGAGCAGCCUAUACAGAGGUCUUAUAAUGGAAGACAUUUUCACCCUUCUGGAAACCUAUAAAUUCAAUAUGUUGAGUAGUCAUAUUUCCUGGUAUAUUACAGUAUAAUUAUUUGAAUAUAUAAAAGCAUGUUUCAUUGCCCAUUCCACACAGUUGGCAAAGUGGUUAAAACACAUUUUCUGUAUACUGAGUUUGCAACUGAAACCUUUCCCUGGAUUAAAAUGGAUGCAAUGAUAUUUCUGUCCAUCAUUAGCGAUGCUUCAGUGCCUUGGUAAAGCUCUUCCUCAAAAUGGACGACAGAGGCAUGUGAACAACUAGUCUCCUUAUGUAUAUAACUUAUGAUAUUUCUGCGUUUGUUAGCGUAACAACAAACUAGGUUGACUGCUGAGGGGAAAUGAGUCUUACAUUUGUUUACGGAGAAAAAUAUUUUGAUUAGAUUGUUUUAAAAAAUCUCAUCUCUUCCUUCUCCUUUCUUAAAAGAUUGGAGUUCUCCCUCAGGAAAAUAUAUAUAAUUGAAAGGUGCUCCAGACUCCUUUAGCAAUUGCAUUUGAUUUUUACUAUUUCAGAGCAAGUACAGUUAUAUCAUUUUAUCUUCUCUUUGCAAUAUGAUUUUCAAGCUGAGAAUCACAAAACUACCUGUCCAACAUCAGUGCUGGCAUUCUUUAGAAAUAUAUCUACCUGACUGUUACACCAGUGUGUAGAAAUGUCCAGUACAAGCUAGUCCCAAAGGCCCAAGUGUCAGUAAGCACAUUGUCUGUGCUUCGGAUUUUAACUUUCAAUUAAUCUAGGCAAAUGUAAUUUUGGGACAUUUUAGUUCAAAUUGUACCACCACCACAACCACCAUUGGGGUUGUGUCAUGACAGUCUCAAAACUGGUUUAAAUUUUGUGAUGAAUCUGGUUUUGAAUCUUCCCUUGCUUACUGCACCCAUUUUUCUCUCAUGUCUAUUUAUUUGUAAAAUGGGGGAGAACAUUUGCAGAUUUUGGAGGAUCGGUUUAAAACAUAAUCUUAAUUAGGAGUGUGAAUUGUCCCUCCCUCAAUACUGUUGAACUACAACUCCCAACAUUCCUCACAAUUUACUAUGCUGACCCUGUGGAGAGCAGCAUCUGGAGGGCCACACAAUUUUCACUCAAUGUAGUCCAUUGCUAAAAACAAACACAAAUUCCUGGUUGCCAUGAAACCGUCAUUAGCCCUUUAACCUUCCAUUUUAAAAGGCAAGAGAUGAUACAGGUAUUGCAUACGUGUAAUUGCCAGGCAAAAUCCUAAGUUUGCUGCAAGUGCAUGUUUUACUUACUGGAGUAUUUGCAUUGGAAGAAUGUACAAGUUGCUUGUCUUCCUGAAUAUAUAUAUUUAUUUCCAAUAAGGAAUUGCUGCUAUGAAACCUAAUGAUGAAUGUAAACCUUUUGUUUGUUCGUUUUUUGCUUGAUGGAUGUAAAUACCUGUAUAUAAAAUGGUUUUACCAGUAAGGCAAUAAAUAUAUUGAUGUAACGAA